AAGUAAAUAAAUCGCAAGAUACGGAGGUCUCGGAUCAAAGGAAUUCUCCCUUUUCUUGCGUGAUUGUUGAUUAAGUGAUGGUUUAUCAGGGUUGAGUGGUUGAUAAGCCGCCAGGGUGAAAAUGAGUCGACUCGGAUCUCGGGAUGGCGAAAGAUUCGUGAUGACAAAGACAGUGACAUGGGACCGAGACGAGGUUAAUCGACAUGGGAAAAUCACAUCAUCUCAGGCGAUAGAUUCCAGAACAACAAACGACCUUGUCUAUGGUGGAACUUGUCGAGGCGCAUAGUAUCUGGAUUGGAGAUGACUCUUAGGUAUGAGUUUAUCGCACAUCGUGGCUGUCUGUGGCGUAUAUGCAAGAUGGACAGCGGCCUAUUAAAGAACGGGAAGUUAAAGAAUGAUCAGCUGCAGGCUUCAAGUCAAAGAGGGGCAGCGAAGUCAAAAGGAAGGCCAGACUGCCAGCCUAAGAGAAAAGAAGACGUAAAAAAGAGGAGACUUGGGAAGAGAAUUCUGACGAUGGGGUCUUGUUAUGUAACAAAGAAGAGGAUACGGCGGCACUUGAGGAUCCAUAUUCUUUUCAUCUGCCGACAACACCGAAAGUACUACGAUGUAAGUCAACGUGAAGUGGAUUACCGUAUUCAACCAAGAGACCACCAGUAGCCAGUCUAGCCAGUGCCGUCCUUAUUGCAGAAGGAGUUUUCUCUGCGCCAUGGAGAGGGUCUCAAAGGGUCCAAGUCUAAUUCAGUCAUGCCCCGUCUAUGCCCCGUUCUGGUGCAUGACUUGGUAGAAGCCAAGUUGCGAUAGCGUCAGAUACCUUAAUGAUGCUGUGAGAGGU